GCGGCAAACAUUUACUUCCGGUAUAUUUUUCGCACAACAACAACGUUAGGAGACAGCUAAAACAGAUUUACAAGAAUAAUGGAAAAGACUCUGGAAAAAUCGAUGGACGAAACGUUCCGAGUCCCAGGUGUUGCAGGAGUUUUGUGUGCUGAUGAGCAUGGCCUUUGUUUAUCAUCCAAGGGGAUUGCCCAGAAAGAGGCUGCGGGACAGCUAGCCAGUCUAGCGCGACAGGCACAGCAGCUACACCCCACCAACCCAAGCCCUGUCAUUGCUAUAGAAGCUGAAGGAGGAACGAUUUUGAUAAAGAGUGAAUCAGAGGUGACCAUGGCUGUUUACAAGGCACCAAUAUCAUGACAGAUCUAUUCUUGUGAUACAAAGUUGGAUGCUUCAGACUUGCCUGUGUGAGAGAAGGAAAUGCACAUACAUACAUGUUUGAAUCAUCAACCUCUUUCUCGGACGACCUUGUCUAUAAUGAGAGCAUCUACAGUUAUCUGUUGUGGGUAGUGUGCAAUUUCUGGAAUCCUUAUCUCGGGAAGGGGAGGUUACUCUCUGUAACAGGAAAGUAUAACUGACACUUAAUUGUCAGUGGUAAUAAAAAUGUACAAUGUAGAUAAAACUAUGUGAUAUGUCAUUUAUAUUUGUGAAAUGAAUGCAAAUAUUUAAGAAAUAAAAUAUAUUAGAAAGA